UCUCUGACUCCGCAGCUCCUCAUUCACUAGAAGAUGGCGGACUGCGCUCCACUAUUAGAUGAGGAACUCUCGUCCUUUGUCUUCAGUUACCUGACAGAAAACUCCGGCAGCCAGUAUGGGGAGGAGGAGGUGUGUUCGGACCGCUUGGACACAGACUUCCCUGACAUCGACCUCUCCCAGCUGGACACCAGUGACUUUGACAGCGUCAACUGCCUCAGUGAGCUGCAGUGGUGCACUGAUCAUCCAGCGGAUGUGUCACCAGCCUCCAUCCACUACAGUACGGCAGAUGAGCUCUUUGAGAUAGAAGAGGAGAAUGCGGCACUACUGGCUGCUCUGACAGACAGUUUGGAUGGCAUGGUGGAUGCUGAGGUGGGCGGGCUCUCUGUCUUUCCAACUCUGGAGGAAGAGCCCAGUCAAGAGGAAGAAGAUGAGAGGAGUCUUCCUCUGAGUGCCGAGGACUUCAGUCAGUCACUGGGGGCCGAGACAGAGGACCUAUCUCUUCUGAAGAAGUUGUUGUUGACUCCUCCCAAUGUUCCAACCGGCAUCGAUGUGCAUAAAGAUGGAGUCCAAAGCCAUCGCUACAGCAACAGAAGUCUGCGCCUACGGACAGUCAGACCUCUGACUAAGAGCGAAAUCCCUUUAGAGCGGAAGCCCCGAGCAGUGCGUCCCACGAGUCGCCUGUGCACCGAACUCCACCGCCACCUCACCACGGCGCAGGACACUGAGGACGCUCCGGUUCACGACACUGACGAGGGCGAGGAUGAAGAGGAGGACGAGGACAGUGAGUCGGAGGAGGAUGAAGAAGAGGAAGGGGAGGAGGAAGAAGAAGAGUCUUCCAGUAGUGAGGUCGAGGGCGCAGUGGCAGUAGCCGCUGGCCCUGCAGAGCCUGCUGCGCCUCAGUUCAGCUCGGAGAAAGAACUGCAGUCCGUUGUUGAGCUGAUCACGUACAUGCACACAUACUGCCUGCCCAUGCGCAAGCAGCAGGGUUGGGACCGCAAAGACAGGGACCUUUCGAGGCAGCGGACCAAACCCGACGUGCCCCGCCCAGCCAACACAAACUCUCACAGCAGAGUUGUACUAGUUAGUGCUCCUGUUACUAGCGGGAGCUUGAAUGGGACGAGCAGCAGUGCCCCCAGAAGGCUUCCCUUCGCCAGACGGAGGGAGAUGAAGGUCAACUCCCUUCUCCGUGAGCUCUUGCAGCAGAGCAGCUCCUUUGAUGUGAGCAAGCCUUACAGACUGCACAGCCCACCUUACGCUCACUCACACAGUCCCAGCAGGGGCACGGCCUCUGCUCCUUCUGCCCCAGCUAAUAAAUACCCCCCAGCCCAGUCCUUCAGCUCCAUUCACCCUAACCCAGAGUUUUGGAAAGACUCUUCCUCACUGGAGAGGAGAAACUCUUCCUCCGAGCUGCAGCAGAACCUGGAAGAGUCGGCAGAAACCAGCGGUUCCUUCUCUGUUCGCCGCUCCAGACGCCUGGCAUCCUUUCCCAGCCGCUUUGCCAAAAGGUUGCGGCCUACACGAGCGAAGGAGGAAGAAGGGAAGGAAAAGGAUGAGAAUCACAUGGACAGACUCCUGCCCACCCAGGCUGGAGGGGGAACAACGACGGAGGCGCAGCCAGAAAAACUGACAUCUAAUGAUGGCAGCAAUCCCUCUGGGCUGACCAAAUCCUGCUGCCAUGAAAAGCGAGCCUGUCUCUGUCUGCCUCUCAACCCAAAGUCCACAGGAGAGCCCCAGUUCAGCACCAGGCCUUAUGAGCAGACGCUCAGUGUGGAUCUGUGUGGAACAGCAGGUCUCACCCCUCCAACCACUCCACCUCAUAAAUCUGUGGAGGAUGAGCUCUUUAAACCGACAGACGGAGGAAAGUGCUGCAGCAGCAGUGAUGGUGGAGGUGGCAGUGAGUCUGUCCACCCAGCUUCAAAUACUAACACCAACGUUACCGCAAAGGGCUCAACCUGGCUGAGUCGCUCCCACCACCAGAGGAAGCUUCCAGAGCAGACAGAGCUUUAUGCCCAGCUGCGGCGCAUGGGUCAGGCGGGAGAGGGUGACACCCAGCGCACCUUCGGUGACCACGACUACUGCGCACUUAGUCUCGGGGAGAGCCGCAAGCGUAGCGCUGCCAUGCUUGGCGCCAUACUCCAGACCCAGGGGGGCAGUGAGGGAGAUGGCACCCAAUCAUCCAGUGUGGUGGAUAAUCAGGUUUUAGAUGAAAAGGUCCAAGAGUGCGAAGAGGAGCGUCUUGUGAUGACAGAAGUGGUAGAAACGCAGGAGCAGCAGACGACAAUGGUGUUAUUAUCAUCACCGCCAUCAGACUGCCAGUCAAUUGCUGCAACGCCUCCAGUUUCUGAGGAAGAGGCGGAGCGCUCGUCGGCGUCUCGCUCUCCCUCACCCAUCCUUCACAUGUGUCCUGACUCUCCCUCCAGCAAGACAGACUCCAGUGAGAAUUCUGAGAGCUGUAUGGACGACAACCAGGAGAACAAGGACAAGUCUGACGAGGACAACUGCCAGGUGUUUUACAUCCAUAACCUACCAAGCAGGGUGACCGAGAACAUGCUAAGGAGGCGCUUCCAAGUUUUUGGCAAUGCAGAGGACUGCAAAGUCAUCAUCUGCAACGAGGAGCGCUGUGGAGUGAUAAAGAUGCGUCAGUCGGGGCCUCAGAGACAUCGCAAAGAACGAGAGAUUGUUUUCCAGAAUGCACCUCCAGGCCUUAGGAGGCUAACAAGGAAACGCUACAUAGACCUUGAUGAGGCUGGCCCUGGCCCUGUCAAGAGUAAGUAUGAUGCACUGGACUUUGACACUCUGCUGAAGGAGGCCCAGAAGUCCCUGCACCGUUGACAGUCCAGCAUUGCUGGCUGGCCAGCCUUAGUAAACUGCAGCAGAACCCCUCUGACAACAAGGGUCUGCCCACAGUACCUCCGUGCAAGGCAACCUCGCAAAAUGUUUACAUUUUUACUGUUGGAAUAACGUAACAAGGACCUUGAUUUUUGUAAGUCUCUUUCACCGGAGCAUUCUGCUAAAAAACAAGGAAGUCACUGCGAGGAGUUAAGAGACAGGAGGGAGAAAAAGGGACUUUAAACAGCAAUGGUACAACAGCUAAAAACAAUGAUACAGUUCUCUGAACAAAGGUAACAACAAAGCUGCUUCCUGUCUGUACUGGUGUCGUCUUUGCCCUGCCUUGGAAGAACGGGCAUAAAAAACCUGUAGCAAAUCCUUGCUAUCCCUGCGUUGCGUUGGUCGUUGUAGUGUGUGUCGUUGUGUGUGCGUGUCCUUCACUCUGUUUGUUUUGUAAGCAAAAAAAAAAAAGAAAAGAGAAAACCUCCCUUUUUUCUGGUCACAAAUGGUGAACCUGCAGGCUGUGUUUGCUUGUCUGGUCAUAUAACCAGGAUGUGAAAAAAUAGUCUGUUUUGUUUUAGCAAAUAAUUGUGUAUGUUAUAAAUUUUUAAACUUACUCUGUGUGAGUGCGUGUUGGCGUGAGGGCGUGUGUUUGUGUGUGUCUCAUGGACAAAGUAUAUAACAAACACAUUUAAUGUAAUCAACGGAUGACUGAUAAAAGUUUACAAACCUAAAAUGAAGAAAAAAAGUCAUGUUUUCUUUUUUGUAACUGUAGUGCUUCCUUGAUUUGAUCUAUGCACUGUAACAGAGGUAAAUGUCUCCUCUGUCCCCCUUCUGUGUCUAACUCUGCCAUGCUAAAUAUUUAGCUUCUGCUACUGGCUGCUGUAGGCUUUGUUUAGUGAAUGCUUUACACACAAAGACCCUAUUUAAACUAUUUAUUAUUUAAACAUUGUUCAUAUUUUUACAACCAAUUUAGACUGAGGAAGGAGUUUUCUCUAAAAAAACCACUUAGGUUAAAACCUUACCUUUGAAUAGAUUUACAAAUAGAUUAAGAUGGCCAUUGAUUUGGAAAAAAAUAGGAUUCUCUGAUUUAUGUUUAAAGACAGAAAUGUGAAAAAACUGGAUUUGACUGCAACUAAAUGUCAAGUAAUUUCAUAACCUGAAAUAAUUUUAGGAUUUAAAACAGUGUGAGUAAAAAGACCACCAUUCAUAGUAAACAUUAAAAUAAAAUGUUUGACAUAAUUUUAACGCCCAAUAAAUUUAGCUCUAGAUUAAAAGUAAAGAAUAUUAUCCCUUUUCAAUGUUUUGCUCUUCGUAGGGUAACCCGAGUAUAAAAAUCUGAUAUGAGCUGAUUAAUGAUUAGUUGGGUUGUCUGCUGAGGUAGCUAUCCUGCCAUCUGUUGCCAUCUCUCUUAGCUUGCCAACUUUAGUUUAAAGCAGAACUACUAUACUAACAGAGAUAGCUUGGACUCAUUUAGUUGCCAUGUCAUUCUUGUCAUUGGUUUUCAUGAUCGGAAAUCUUUACAGCUAAAUUUGUCUUUGUUGUACAUGGGAGAAUCGUAGUAGCUUUUUUUCAGUCAGCUGACAAUCAGUGUGGGCACUUUCUCUGGAAUCUCAAUAAUAAUACUUAACACUAUAGAAACAGCUGAUAUUGGCUUACUUUUUACUGGAAAAUAACCCAUUUGGAGUUAUGAGUGUAUCGCAAGUUGAAAUCCGACUCAUGGACAGAACUAAACUAAAGGAAAGCUGGGUUAUGGAUCACAUAUCUAUUUUUAGGUAGUAAAACAAAACUCCCUUAUGUGACUGAGUUUAAAGAGAUUUUUAAAAAUCCUUUAGACACAUUAAACUUGUUUACAUAGCCUUAAUUUAGACAACAUUUUGACAAAUCCUUUAUAAAUCUUUUCAACUGUGAUGAUAUCCUUACAUGUCUGUUAUUUCUUCUAAAGGUAAAGACAAAUAAUGGUGUUAUUUGUGAGUAAAACGUUUUGUUCCCUGGAAUGUGCAUCACUUCAAUUACAUGUAGUUUAACAUGCAAAAGAAACAAGUGCAUCAAGCACAAUAGGAAUUUAUUUUAUAGCAACAUAAGGUAGUUUGCCAUUUCUGAGAUUUUUGUAAUGAGUUCAAACAUAGGAAAAGGUUUUAAUUAGGUACCAAUAUGAAAAUUUGGGUCAAUAUUAAUAUAUUAAAAAAAAUCUAUUUGCAAAUAAACCUGACAAAAAUGUAUAGAUAUAUAGGAAAAAUACAAAUAAAAUUCUGUAAAGCCUCCUUCCUCACAGCCUGCUUGCAUGUUAUAGCCAUGCAAGGUGUUCUCUAUCCCAGUCCAUUUCAAUCCAAUCAUCUAUCACAUUCAAUUGAGUUAAUACUGAAUACAACAUAAAGUAGUGGUCUUUAAAUAUAUUGUGUUUAUUUAGGGUUAGUGAACUGUUUGGUUUUAUAAGCACAAAAUGCAUUACCCAUUAAUACACUAUGGUCACAGAUGGAGUAGGAAUGUAUUUUAAGAAGCUGAAUGUAAUCAUCGUGUUGUCCCCACACAAAGAUUGUGGAGCGAUGUGGUGCUUCAAAAGAUGGGUUUGCUUGAUAGUUUCAGACUGGAUCUGGUUAGCAGCUAGCUUACAUUCCAGCAGCAGCCAGCAGCAGCAUGCCUUGAAAAACUUAAAGAGAGUCUCUGAAUCCUGCCAAUCUGGUGGCAUCAACUCCCCACCAAUAAUGCAGCCAGGUAGCUGGCAAGGGAUCAGCUGAUUAAGAACAAAGAAAGUAACUGGCUGAGAAUUCAAUUUCUCGUCAUCUACCGGGUCAGAUGAGCGUCUCUACCUCACAUCCCUUCAUCCAGGUCCUGACCGUCUUUUUGUUUAGCGGUUCUCCUGAACGCUCUCCCUCCUCCUCUAUUAUCACAGCAUCAAAAGUUUGUUUUCUUGAAGAUUAAAGCUUUCACAGCUGAUGAGGGUGUAGGAUUGAAACCCGACUCAUGGACAGAACCUAUAAGGGGUAUAGGUUUAGUUUUCUAAGCUCCUUGUGACAGAGGUGAUCUCUUUUUGUAGUCUGUCCUCCGCUUGCCUCACAACGGUGUCCGUUUGUUGGAGUCUCAACGUUGUAUCCUUCUGUAAUUGAAUGUUUUGUCUUUGUCUCGUGUUUGAGUUGGACACUGCUGAUGCUUACGGGUCAGUGAGAGGUCGAACAGCAAUUUGGUGGACUGGUUGUUCCUUGUAUGUACUUCAUUGGUGAAGAUUCAAAAUCUUCUCCGACUGCACUUGUUUUCAUGUUGUCAUCAAGGAAGUGCCACUCCCCCUGUUUGUAUCUGCUCACCCUCUCCUUGCCUAGGACAUCCAGUAAAAACGCAGCCUAACUCUUUCUCCAUCCCUAACUUCUCUCUCUUUGUGGGUUCAAGACCUCAUCUUCUCCAGGUCUCCCCUCACAGAGUUCCCACUUUUUACCCGAUAAUCUCCCCAUCCUGGUUCUUGUCUUUUCUAUCUAAACCACAUCUUGGUAACACACACACAUACACAAAAAAAUUGAAUGUUUACAUCACUUGUUUCUCCUUUGACUUUAUUAGGAACGCACACUAAGUACAAAGGCGCCUUAUUCAGUGCUUAAAAAUGAAAUAACAGCAAGUCAAGAUUCUGGAGUGGAUGCCUUCCUCUCCAGGCUCACAGAUGUCCAAAACUAACACUUUAGUGCUAUACAUACUGAUUGAAAACAAGGUGUCGUCUGUUAAAAAGGACAAAAAAACAACAACUUGUGAACUGAGUAAGGUUUUGUGCUUAGUAUGUAUACUACUAAAAAGUGAGAGAAUGUGCUGGUUUACAUGUUAAAAAGAUAAUAUAUGAAUAUAUAAUGUGUAUAUAGCACUAUGCCUCAUUGUAAACAUGAAAUUUAUUGUGUGUUCUUAUUUUAUUUUUUGGUGGUGGGUCACACUUGAUUACUAAUAAGGCAGGAGAUUUCAGGUCUAUUUUGUUUCAGUAUGUUAAUUUUGUUCAGUAUACAGGGAGGAAAUGAAGGGAAAAUCACAACUUCACACAAAGUCCAACACAACACUGUAGCAAAAAGGGGAAAAAAAAACAACAAAUGAAAAGGUGUCACCAUAGAUAAUCACGGUAGGAGGCUGUAUUUUGUAUCUUAAUAUGGAUUUUGUUUUUCUUGUUUUCUUAAAAAGCAAUUUUCCAAUGCAAUACGUAAUAAUCUCAAGACAGCCUUUGUGAAAAACGGAGGUAAUAAUGUACAGUGUGUGGUUGAUUGUUGAGCUAUUACAUGGGCAACUGUUAAGCUGCGGAUUAAAUAGGCUGCUGUACUGUACGUAGACUGCCAUUUUAAAAAUAAUCUACAGGAAGAAUGUGGUCAGAAAAGCAGAUAAACGGAACACGCUGUUCUAACGUUCUCACUGCACAAAUCGUCCUAAUUGGUGAACUACCUUCACUGUAUUUUCUUCUUGUAAGCUGUUGUAACUAUAUUAUUACCACCUUUUGAUGGUGCACAGAUUUGGUUUGAAUCAGAGUUGCUUAAAGCGCUUACUUUACAGCCAAUAACUAUACAGUUCAUGUAUAUCUCUGGUAAAGGAAUGUGGCAGGGAGGUGCUGAAGAAAAGCUGGUGAAUAUUUUCCAACAGCCGAUGUUGGCACUGUAGAAAUCCUAGUUUCACUGCUGCACCUUACUUUGGAUCAAAAAAGGAGAUCAUGGGAGGAUACAUUCUUCUUGAAAAACAUUCAGGCAAUUAUCCAGUUCAGGUUUUCCUUGCAGAUGACCAGUCGAUAAUGUAAAGGAGAGAUAUACUGUCUUUUCAUGUAAAUUAAAGUUCAACCUUGAGCCUGCAGUACUGCUAUGGUUUCUACAGUGACUGCCUCUGUGCCUGUGAGGCUUUUCAAGGGUUAAAUGGAAUCGGAUUAAUCCCAUGUCUAACAUGGCAAGCCUUAAAAAUCAGUUUGGGGGAAACUAAGCUAUCAUUAGCUUUUAAUAUUACUAUUUAAACUUCUUUCCAAUCCAACGUGGUUUAUUAUUAAAUAAUUACUGACGUAAUUUUUUCAAUAGCCAUACUAUAAAAAAGGUAUAUACAUAUAUAUGAAUAUAUAUAUAUAUAUUUGUGUGUUUGUGUAGAUAUCUAGAUUAUUAUAUACUUUCUUAUAGAAAACUUUGAUGUGGGUCAUUCUUCGCAGUGUUUUGAGAACACGUUGACACAUUUCAACAUUAAUAACUGCUGUCUAUUUGGUCUAGGUGCUAGGUCAAUAGGCAGCGAAUCCAAAUAAAAAAAAAAAAAAAACUUAUUUAAGCAAAAAAAACUUCCAAAGGGAAUUACCCUCAUAAGAAUGCAAUAUCUUUCUUUCCACUCUUCAUUUCAUAAAAAAAUGGAAAAUGGUGAGAAAACAAACUUCUUACUAGGCAAGCUGACCAAAAAAAAGUUAAAAUGAAGAGCAAUGAUUCACCAGGGAUUGUGAACAAAUAUAAAAACGUCCUGAGAUUCAGUUCUAGAUGUUACGUUUUUAAUGCCAUGGCUCAGUAAAACUUUGCGUCACUCACUGUUUGUUUUAAGCCAUGAAAUUAUCCCUGACCACGACAGGAGUGCUUGCAAUAUGGGCCGAGUUAAAAUGAAGUGUUCAAAGAACUUAAUGGCUAAUCUGACAAAUUAAAAGGUGACACUGAUGUCAAUCAGAUACUCAUUUGGGACUGCAAACUGUCAAAUCUGCUUAAUAUGAGUGAGUGUUUUUUUCUUUAUGUUUUUUGGGGGUGGAUAUAAAAGGGCAUAUAUUUAUGUUGUUUUUCAUUACUGUUCAUUUCACUGUCUCUUUACAUCUAAUGACUAUCAAAUUCAAAAAUGAUUUUUUUCUUCUUUUUUUAACCUAGUUUUUUUUUUGGUAAAACAAAAAAUAAAUACUGCUAGUGAGAUUUUAUAUUUUUACAUAUGUUUGUUUUAUUUCAUGUUUUCUUUUUCUUUUUUUAUUUAUAUGCCACUUAGUUUUGAUGUCUUCAAAGGGUGUUUUUUUUCUCUCUGUUGUGUAAUUUCAUAUUUCUUGAGAAUGUGGAGACAAAGGCAUUUCAGUAUUUUUGAAUUGUUAAAAUCUAGUUUCAUAGAAGCUAAAGUAUCUGAUGUUAUAAAUUAUAUUUUAAUUCAUGUAAAUAGUUUAAAACAGACAACUAUGGCUUCCUUUUAAACUGAAUACAUUUCUCUUCAGAGAUUGUUUACAUUAUGAAACUGUAGAGAUGUGCUCCUCAUAUACUGUAUAAAGUACAUAUAUUCAUUGAUUUGCCUCCAAAAAUAAAAUCCUAAUGAACAACA